AUGCUUCAAUUGACGUUCAGACUGCUAUCUUUGCUGGUCGUCGUCUCUCCCGUCGUCCUCUCCGUCUCCCAGGAUGGCACCCCCACCUUCGUCCGUGAGGAGGGACGCUGCGCGAUGAGGGACUCGUGCGGGCGCAAGAGCGUCUUCUCCGGCGAGAUACCGUGUCCAGACAACGGGCAAGCAGCCGCGCAUGACGACGACCUCGCUUACAAGGCGCUUCUGGCGGGCAUCUGCGGAGACGACUUUCCGACGACGACGUGUUGUACGACGGGACAGCUCGAGACGCUGCAGGCGAACUUGGCCCAGGCAGAUCCGCUCAUUUCCGCGUGCCCCGCCUGCCGCCUGAAUUUCGGCCGAUUUUUCUGCUCCUUCACCUGCUCCCCCGACCAAUCCCUCUUCCUCACCGUCACCUCCACCCAGACGCUUAAGAAGGACGGCAAGGACCGAGAAGCUGUCAAGAGCGUCGAGUUUGCCGUCGCAGGAGAGUUUGGAGAGGGAUUUUUUGAUGCUUGCAAGGAUGUCAAGUUUGGCGCGACGAACGGGUUCGCGAUGGACUUGAUUGGAGGCGGUGCGAAGGACUGGCUGUCGUUCCUCCGCUACAUGGGCCAGGAGCGCGCACUCGGCUCGCCCUUCCAGAUCGACAUCCCGUCUCCCGACUCCCCUCCUGCGCACAACUCCACCCUUUCGCCGCCAACACCUUUCAAUGCACCUUCCGAAUCCUGCUCCUCAACUUCGCUCGCCUCUCGCUGCGCCUGCCCCGACUGUCCAGCCGUCUGCGCCUCGCUUCCUCCGCUUCUCUCGCCCCACGAGAAAUGGGAGCGAAGAUGCCGCGUCGGCAAGAUGGACUGCUUCCCCUUCGCCUUGCUCAUUGUCUACGCGGUCGCGGUGCUUGCGGUCGUCUUCGGCGGAGCCGCGAGGGAGGUCCGACGCAGGAUGGGCUCGAAGGGUGGAGCGAUCAGGCUUGGAGACGAGGAGAGCGAUGAAGGAACUGGCGAGACGGAGUCGCUCUUGACUCGCCUGGUCCGUCGCCUCGACCCCUCACACCUCUUUGCGCCCGCCUCGAUCGGCCGGCCGAGACGCUCAACCUUGAACGGCUCCGACACAGACUAUUCGGCAUCGCCCUUGCCCCUCGACUCUGCGCCGAGGAACGAUGACCUCCUCUCUGAAGCCGAGUACGACCCUUCGCCAGCUCCUCUCGCGUCGAGCUCCCCUCCCCUCUCGCGUUCGACGCCUCGUACAGGCGACUCGUCUGCCGGCUCGAGUAGCACUCGCGCACGAGGCGGAACAGUCGGGAGCGGGUCAUCUCGCUCCUUGCGCCGUCCCGACGAGUCCUCCCGCUCGCAAUCGCAGCGACUCUCUUCGCGCGGCGCCUCGCUCCUCGACCCGGCAGCCGAUUCAUCGGCCCUCCUCCAGCCCCGCUCGUACCCGCUCAACACCUUCCUGUCUCGCGCCUUCUACCGCCUCGGGUUCUUCUGCUCGAUACACCCUUUCCUCGUCCUCGCGAUUGGCCUGGCGAUUUGCGGCUUAGCGAACGCAGGAUGGGCAAGAUUCGAGAUCGAGAAGGACCCGGUCGAGUUGUGGGUCCCGAAGGGGAGCGAGGUCAGGCGGGAGAAGGAGACGUUCGAGAAGGCGUUCGGGCCGUUUUACCGGACGGAACAGAUCUUCUUCUCGGUUGCGCCGCCCGUCAGGCUGAGGCUGGUCGACGGAAGGGAGGAAGAGGAGGAGCAGGAUUGGACACCGAUCGACCAGCCAGUUCUUUCGUGGCCGGUCCUCCAAUACAUCCUGGACGUCGAGCAUCAGAUUCGCACGCUCGCCUCUUCAUCAUCGGGCCUCACCCUGAAGGACGUGUGCUUUGCGCCGACAACAGCGGCGGAAGACGGCAAGACCGCCUUAUCCGUCGACGAGUGCGUCGUCCAGUCGCCGCUGGGGUACUUUCAAAAUUCGCUCGAGGGCAUUACGGAAGACUCGUGGGCUUCUCAGCUCGAUUCUUGCACCUCGAGUCCGGCUUCCUGCCUUCCUCCCUUCGGCCAGCCGCUCAACCCGAAGCUCGUCCUCGGCGGCGUGCCCGAAGGAGCAGCCACCCACGACGCGAGGGCGGUGAUCAUCACCUAUGUCGUGCGCAACUCGCUCGACCCGGUCGAAGUCGCUCGUGCGGAGGAAUGGGAGACCGCGCUGCGAGACUACCUUCGCCAGCUUGCGGACCCGCAAGGCGAAGCUCGUCGCGACUAUGGACUCAAGGUUUCGUGGAGCGUCGGCACGAGCCUCGAGGAAGAGCUGAACGCCGCAACGAACACGGACGUCCCGAUCGUCGUGGCUUCCUACCUCUUGAUGUUCGCCUACGUUUCGCUCGGCGGCAGCGCAACCGGUCUCGUCAAAGUCUUAGGCCGAAUCGCCGUUCUCAUCAGCGCGGCUCUCAUGCGCCUCGCCAGAUGGAUGGCGAAGAGGGCGAAGGCGCUGAGCAGGCGUGGAGGCGUCAAGCUGGGCGAGGACGAUGCAGAGGAGGAUGCAGGCAGGCCGGGAAGGUUCAGGACGGCGAGCGCAGCGAUGUCGGAUGGCUUCCGCACGACGACUCGUCCAACGAAGGACAGCCUCGUCGCCUACUUCAAGAAGCAAGUCCUCGUGGAUUCGAAGUUCCUGCUCGGUCUCUGGGGCAUCCUCAUCGUCCUGCUGAGCGUGUCGACUUCGGUCGCCUUAUGCUCCGCCGGCGGUGUCAAGACAACGCUCAUCAUCGCCGAGGUCAUCCCCUUCCUCAUCCUCGCAAUUGGCGUCGACAACGUCUUCCUCCUCAGCCACGAGCUGGACCAGCAGAACGUCCGGUCCUACCGCGAGAACUCCCUUCUCAUGCCGGGCGAAGAGUACGAAGAUGAAGUCGUCGCCGAGCCGUCCCUGCCUGUGGAAGAGCGAGUAGCACGCGCUUUGGGUCGGAUGGGACCGAGCAUCCUCCUCAGCGCUAGCUGCCAGACGCUCGCCUUCAGCCUGGGGGCGCUCGUCGGCAUGCCGGCCGUCCGAAACUUCGCCAUCUAUGCUGCGGUGGCAGUCCUCCUCAAUGCACUCCUCCAAAUCACCGUCUUUGUCGCCGCCAUGACUAUCGACCUGCGACGCGUCGAGUCGAACAGGAUUGACUGCUUCCCUUGCAUCAAGGUCUCGAGCAUCUCCGCGACAGAACACAGCGCUCACCCCACCGAGAGCCUCCUCGCCCGCUUCGUCCGCACCGUCUACACGCCGACUCUGCUUCGCCGACCCGUCAAGUACCUCGUCCUGCUGCUCUUCUCGGGCUUAUUCGUCCUCUCGUGGAUUGGAGCGCGACACAUCGACCUCGGCCUCGACCAACGCCUCGCUCUCCCGGGGUCUUCGUACCUCGUCGACUAUUUCAAUGUGGUUGACGAAUACCUCGACGUUGGACCGCCGGUCUACUUCGUCGUUGAGAACCUCAACGUCAGCGCUCUGCCGAAUGUCCGCCACCUUUGCGGACGGUUCUCGACCUGCGACCAGUUCUCGCUCGCCAACUCUCUCGAGGCGGAGAGGAAGCGUCCCGAGGUGUCUUACCUGGCCGAGCCUCCUGCCGUAUGGGUCGACGACUUCGUCCAGUGGCUGAACCCGCUGCUCGAAGACUGUUGCCGGGUGAAGCGACGCAACCCGAACGAGUUCUGCGGGCCAAACGACUCGGAGUCGCUCUGCAAGCCAUGCUUCGAGGACCGCGAGCCGCCUUGGACCACGACGCUCGAAGGUCUGCCCGAAGACGGCGAGUUCAUGCGCUACGUCGAGCAUUGGCUCGAGUCGCCGACCGACGAAGCCUGUCCCUUGGGCGGCAAAGCGGGCUAUUCUUCCGCGCUCGCCAUCUCCGAAGACGGCGAGAACGUCGAUCUCUCCCACUUUCGCACCUAUCACACGUCUCUCAAGACGCAGGACGACUUCAUCAACGCCCUCGCCGCCGCUCGUCGCAUCGCCGCCGACCUCGCCAAGCGGACCGGCGCGCGAGUCUUCCCCUAUAGCCUUUUCUACGUCUUCUUUUCGUCUUACGACACCAUCCGUUCGACUUCGCGGAUGGUCCUCUUCAUCGCUCUCGCCGCCGUCUUCGUCGUCACCGCCGCGCUCCUCGGCUCGCUUCGCACGGCGACGGUCCUCAUCUGCACGGUCUUCCUCUCUCUUUUCACCGUCCUCGGCGCGAUGGGCGUAUGGGGAGUGUCCCUGAACCCACUGUCGCUCGUCAACCUGGUCAUAGCCAUCGGCAUUGCGGUCGAGUUCUGUGCGCACAUCGCCCGUGCGUUCGUCGGAGCGCUAGGCGGCGGUCUACCGCGAAGCCACCCGCAGGCGCAGGGCGACCGGGACGAACGGGCUCGGACCGCGCUCGAGGAUGUCGGCGCAUCCGUGAUCAGCGGGAUUGGCGCGACGAAGUUGAUCGGCAUCUCGGUCCUCUGGCUGACGCGAUCCGCCUUACUCAAGACCUACUACGCGCGAAUCUGGCUCGCCCUCAUCGUCUCGAGCGCGAUUCACGGCCUCGUCUUUUUGCCCGUUGCGCUUAGCCUGUGGGGCUCGCAAGGCUACGCCCUCACCGCCGAAGAAGGAGACGGCGCCUGGAUCGCUACGUCCGUCGAAAGCCGCUAUCAAGACCGUCCUUUCGUCGACGACGAUGCGAGCAGCGGCGAGAGCGAGUAUUAG